AUGAAUAAAGAAAUAGAAGAAAAAUCAGAAACCAGUGAACAAGAAAAGGUGGAUCAGGAUGUAAUUGAACUAAAUACAGAAGAUAACUUUAUUAGUGAUUAUUUUCCAACAACUGGAGGAGAUUACUUUGCGGAGACUACAACUGAACAAGCCACGGACACCACCAUUGUUUCAACAACAGAUAUUGGGACAACUACUGAAGACUAUGACGAUGAAGAUGAUGAUUUCUCACUUUCAGGAAAUGCCAUUGCGUCGCUUCUGGGAUAG